GGGAGCGAGUGCCCAGCUCGACGGGCUGCUGGUCCGUGCCUUCGCAGGAGACGUGGGUCCCGGAGGCAUGCCCGGGUGCCUGAAGUGGUGCGUGUCGGCGAAGUAGAAGUGUUUGAGGAGCUGCUCUCCAGCCCUCUUGCCCAGUGAAGAUGCUGGAGGCCGACCUUGUUGCCAAAAUGCUGCGAGCCGUUCUCCAUUCCCAUAAAAACGGCAUAGCCUUGGCCCAGCUUCAGGGCGAAUACAAGUCUCUGACCGGCGACUGGAUUCCUUUCCGACACCUCGGACAUGGCACGCUGGAGAGCUACUUGGAGAGCAUCCCGGGAGUGGUCCGAAUCGAAGAGAAUAAAGUGGGAGAGGUCACCUGCCAUGCUGUUGCUUGCACCGAGACAGUGCGGAUUGCUCAGCUGGUAGCCCGGCAGAGGAGUUCCAAAAGGAAAGUAGGACGCCAAGUGAACUGCCAGAUGAGGCUGAAGAACACAGCUCCUGUCACGUUAGUAGGGAAGCCAAAAGGAACUUUGCGACAGCCCAGGUUUAUGAGCAGCCCAGAAGAAGGCAGCAAGAGGCCUGUCCCUCGCCUGCAAAGAGGCAGAGGUAUGGCGUAUGGCGUGGUGAAACCCACUGUAGAGAGUCCGCUGCCUGCCUUGCCCCCAGCCGUUGGAAGUGGAGCGUCUAAAGAAAUUCCCAUGCAGAGGCAUGUCACUGUGAUAAACAGGCCUGAGAAGAGGCUGACUAUUCCACCACGCUUUCAGAAGGAGCUGCAGGUUCACCUAUCCAGAAGCUCUUCUGUGGAUCUAAAUGAUAACUUGAAUGCAUCUGUUCUGGAGACGCGUAGUGUUCCCUCUGGCCCUUCUGCUCCUCACAUCAGUGAAAUUCAGAGUCGCAUUAAGGAGAUUCUGAGCAGGUACAGCAAUGGUAUCUGGCUGUCAAAAAUGCCACAGAUUUACCAGCAAAUGUACCAGGAGGAACUUAGCACGGCAGUGCUCCGUCAGCUUGAACAUUGGCCUCGUGUGUGCACAGUGGAAAAAGUAUGCACAGGCGAUCAUAUGGAUGGGCUCCUCUAUCCUGCUAAGAGAGUACCACCAUUAGUGAAGAGCGAUGGAGAGCAAGAAAAAGCAUCUCAAAAUGUUACUUCUUCAAAAGUGGACCCUUUGUUAAAAUCAAGCAUGGAAACCACAUCUGCUUCACUUAGUAGCGACUUCAAGCAGAAAGUUACCAACAUCUUGCUGAAGUAUUCCAGUGGUCUUUGGGCUAAUGCACUUCCCAAGUUGUAUCAAGACGCUUACCAUCUGAAAUUUCCAGAGGAUGUUCUAAAUAAUCUAGAGUUGCUCUCAGAUGUGUGCACAGUGGACCACAUAUCUGACAACCCCAAAAAGGCCAUCCUCUAUGCUAAACCCCAAAGACACAUUGAUGAGAAUCUGAACGUUGCUGAGAAAGUCCAGAUGCAUGAUGAUGUGAAGACCACAGCUGAACAGUACGAAGAAUCCAAAGAGCAGUGUGCAGAAAGCAUGACUGUUCCUCCUCUAGUCAUUCCAGCAGAAGGAUCCCUAUCUGUCUUGGUAGUAGAACUGAACAACACUAAUGAGGUCAUAAUUAGGUACGUGGGUAAAGAUUAUUCUUCUGCCCAGGAACGAAUGGAAGAUGAGAUGAAAGAAUACUAUAGUCAGAAUCCCACAGUGUCCCUAGUUCAGUCUGUAAGUGUUGGUCAACUUGUUGCUGUACAUGUUGAGGAAGAUGCCUGGUUGCGUGCUCAGAUAACUUCUGUGGAAGACAACAGAAUAAAGGUGUGCUAUGUUGAUUAUGGCUUCAGUGAGGUUAUUGAAAAGAACAAUGUGUACAAGCUAGGCAAACAGUUUUAUUCACUUCCAUUUCAGGCUGCAAAAUGUAAAUUGGCAGGACUGGAAUUCUUCAGUGAUGAUCCUGUCUUAGUAAAGACUGUGGAAUCGCAAACUUGCAGUAAGAUAUUUGCUGUGGAAAUAUUGGAAAAGAGUGAUAUUCCUCUUCUUGUUCUUUAUGACACGUCUGGAGAAGAUGAUAUCAACAUCAAUGCUACCUGUCUGAAGGCGUUGUAUGACAAGUCCCUUGAAUUGCACCUACAGGUAGACGCGUUAUAUACAAAUGUCAGAGUAACCAGUGUUUCUUCUGAUGGAAGCUUAUAUUGCCAGGUACCGUCUAAAGGCUUGUCCAGGCUCUCUGAAAUCUUGCAGAAGCUGGAAGACUACUUCCGUUACAAGGCAUCCGAGUUUAAUAUAUCACUACCUUUCUGUGGCAAAAUCUGCUUGUUUCCUUAUAAAGGAAAAUGGGCACGUGUAGAGAUAACAAUUGUUCACAGUAGUAGGGCACUUGAUGUGCAGUUCAUGGAUACUGGAACAGUUGCAUCUGUAAAAGUGUCAGAGCUUAGAGAGAUCCCAUCACAAUUCUUGAGAGAAGUAAUUGCAAUACCUCCUCAGGCUAUAAAAUGUUGCCUAGCAGAUCUGCCUCUCAGCACUGGCAUGUGGACUCCAGACGCUGUACUGUGGCUGAGAGAUACUGUGUUGAAUUGCCCUGAUUUUAGCAUGAAGGUGUCUAAACUGGAUGGCUCAAAGGGAACUGCGCACGUUUACUUGUUUGCUCCAGAGAAUUUCCCGGAUGUGGAUCGUAGCGUCAAUCGUCAGAUCAUAAAUGCAGACUUGUGGAAACAUCAGAAGGAUGUUUUCUUGAGUGUUACAGCUGGUGGAACGAGCUCCGCAGAAGUGACAAGUGAAACUGUUUCAGCUUUGGAAUUAACCGGACUAGGUCCUGCGAAGAGUUUCACUGAUUCGGUCAAGCCUGCUUUAGAACGCAGUGGUGCGGUGCCUACUAUUGAUGUGCCUCCACCUCUACCAUUGUCAAAGCUUGGCGAGCCCAUGGAUGUCUACAUCUCGGUUGCUUGCCAUCCUGGUCACUUUGUUGUCCAGCCUUGGCAAGAGCUACAUAAUCUGGAAGUCCUUAUGGAAGAAAUGAUGCUAUAUUACAGUAUGGCGGAAGAGAGGCCUGUGAACAUUGAGAAAAACAAGGUGUAUGCAGCUAAAGUUGAAAACAAGUGGUACAGGGUGAUGAUAAAAGGAAUUCUUACAAACGGGUUGUUGUCUGUUUAUGAGCUGGACUAUGGUAAACAUGAGCUUGUCAGCAUGAAGAAAGUACAGCCACUCAUGGAUGCGUUUAGAAAACUACCUUUUCAAGCUAUAAUAGCUCAGCUUGCAGUUUUCUUACAGCUGUGGAGAAGGCCUGAGCUAAACAGCAAGAAGUCCUCUUAGAGCUAUGCUACAACUGCAUUGAAAGAAGAUGAAGAAUACAGGCGAAGAAGUUAAUGUGUGAACUGCUGUAGGGUAGACCUAAUGCAGAACAGUUUCGUUCUCUUCAGGGCUGCUUUGGAGCCUGCAGAUCUGAAUGGACUAAAGAGAGGAUUAAGAUGUAGGUCGUUAGGAUGAAACAAGCACUUUCCUGAGCUCCUCAAGAGAGUGAGAGUUUUAUUACGUGUUUAAGAGCAUGUGCCCACCAUCAUCUGCAAUCCUGCAAAUUUUAAUUGCUUGCUAAUUGAUAAUUGAAAUGGCAUAGGGAGGUUUACUGGAACUGUUGUGAAGUUUAGUUGGUUGUUUGAAAAAUACCCCUGCUGUGUUUGCACACUUUGAGGCUUGCUGACCUGCUGUUGGCCUCUACUUGCUUUGCACCUGAGAGCUGAUGAAGCAGAGUUUGGGACUCGACAUCUGUAGUAACAGGAAAGAGGUUAGUUGUUUAGACUCUGAAGAUGCUUUUUGAGCUUGUUGUCUGUUUCUGCUAUGUUUUACCUCAUUCUCUUCUUGGUGAGCUGACUGCUCCAGCGUCUAAAAAGCACAGAUCAGAAACAGGCCUGAAACAUUCAGCUUAAUGCAUCUGCGCAGCUCAAUGUUGGAUUCUUCGUAUAGGAUGCUUUGUAUGGUGCCAUGGGAUAAACAACAGGUGAUCAAACAGAAUACAGUCUAACUGAUUAGCAAACCAAGACAGCACCGCUCUCUGUAUGUCUGAGAGAUUCCUUUCAUGCUAAUCAUCAUGUAUGUUUUAAACAGUGCAUUAUUUUAUGCUUAUGUUAAGCAUACACCCAAAACACAGUAAUUAAGAGCACAUUGUCUUCAGUUCAUACACUGUAUCUACAGGGUACAUUUAGGUGUCUCCCUGUCUUCCUACCGACUGUACAAUACCACCACUAUCUUGCGUAGAUUUUUACUAGUCUAUAGCCUACGGGUACUCUGCUCUUAUCUGGUUAUUUAUCUGUUGUGUUCUUAGGCUGUCCAUGAUUUCACCUGUAGAGCUAUGAUUUUACAGCUUUUGUUAAUGUUUUUCCUUUAUCCCACUUAUCAGCUAUAAGGUUCUCUGAUCAAUUUGCUAAUUGAGCUGGUUGUGCUAUUUGAGUAUGCUGUAUUCUUGCUUUGAAAAACAUACAGACGGUUUUGUCUGUGAACCGUAUUUAACA